AUGGCGCCACCGCCCGAGAUUGCGAUACCGUCGACGAGCGUCUCUGACGAAGGCUCAUCGAAGCCCUACACGCUAUACAACAUCAGUCUUCGCCUACCGCUGCGUUCCUUCAUCGUCCAGAAGCGAUAUUCCGAAUUCGACGCCCUCCACAGCGCCUUGGUCAGCCAAGUUGGCGCUCCACCGCCGUUGCCCCUGCCCGGCAAGCAUUGGCUCAGGUCGACCAUCAACUCGCCCGAGCUCACGCGAGAGCGGCAGCUUGGCCUCGAAAAGUACCUGCGAGUGAUUGCGGAAUCGCCGGACCGAAGAUGGCGAGACACCUCGGCCUGGAGAACGUUCUUGAAUCUGCCGAGUUCUAGCACGAGCAACUCUACAGUGUCGGCGGCAGGUAUGGUUGGCACAGCUUCAGGAGUGGCGGACCCGGGAGCCUGGCUGGAUGUUCACAGGGAAGUGAAGCAGUGUUUGCAUGAAGCGAGACAAUGCCUUUCGAAACGAGACGGAGCGGCCGACAGCGGCAAUUUCACGGCGGCGGCGGAGGCGGCAGCGGCAGCCAAGAGAGUGCUGGUCAAGGCCUCCGGGCUGGUUAACAACCUUUCGGACGGCCUCCGCAAGAUGCAAGAAUCGGGAAGACUGGGCGAAGGCGAGAUACGGAGAAGACGCGACCUCGUCUCGGCCGCCAAGAUGGAGCGAGACGGACUGGAUAAGCUUGCCAGCACCAUGCCUGGCUCGUCGGUGACCCCCAGUCGAGGUGGUAGUCUGGGCCAAGUGCAAGCGUCCUCUUCCAAUAGAUCGAAUCUCUUGGCGGCAGCCAAGCCUGCGACAUCGAGUCGAGUACUGGGCGCCCCAUUGCCCGAAACAGACCGGACGAGGGAGCUCGACAACCAGGGCGUGCUGCUGCUACAGAAGCAGGAGAUGCAAUCCCAAGACCAGGCAAUCGACCAGCUCGCCGCCAUUAUACGGAGGCAGAAAGAGAUGGGCAUUCAAAUCAAUGAGGAAGUAGAGCGACAGACGGAGCUUUUGGACUCGCUCGACGAGGACGUCGAUCGGGUCGAUGGCAAAGUCAGGGUCGCUAACAGGCGCAUUAAGAAGAUGUGA